AUGGCGGAGUGCAAAGGAACACAGGACGAAGGGAUAGGCGUAAUGCUUAGCGUCCCGGAACGGGAAGUGGAAAACAGCUUGGUGGAGAGUGAAGAGCCGAAUGUCGAAAGGGGAGAACAAGUGACAAGCAACGUGGACCCGACUACGGCUUGGAAGAUGGAGAUGGCCACCUUCUUCCGACAAAUGAGGGAUGAAGGGCGAGUAAUAACUGAGGGAAUAUUGAAGGAGAAUCGGGAAGGAACUGGAGGAGGUGCGAGGAAUCAGAGUGAAUCUGUGGCUGAUCAAAUGUUCCGAACGAAAAUGGCAGCGACAGAAGACGGGGCCGAUAUGCGGACCUUUCUGAGCCUGGCGGAGCAGGAAUUUCGAGAAAUGAAGAUCGCAGAGGAUCAAUGGGGAUUACUGGUGAGGAAAUAUUUAACAGGACGAGCUGUCAAGCAGUGGGAUUACGUAUACCGAUCAGGAAUCGAUAUGACAGACUGGACUCUGGUACGCACCAGACUUUGCGAAAGGUUCCGUGGAUUACCGCGGGAUAGCAUGAUACUCCAGAUGAGAGAUAAUGUAUGGAAGGGAGAUUACAACGAGUAUAGUAAUGCAUUCUCGGAUAUAGUAAUUAUGGGAGAAGAGGUUCCAGAACAAGAUUUGGUUAUGUUCUUCCUUGCGGGACUACCUGAGGAUAUAGGAGAUAAAUUGACGAAACGUGGGAGGAGGGAAUUUUCGACUUGGAACGAAGCGGCAGCCGCGUUGAGGGAAUAUGUCAUCCCGCUGAACACGUGGCGAGCGAAGAGGAAACGUACAGUACGGGAAGUGCAGGGUGUAGAAAGGCCGCAGGCCAAGGAAGAUAGCAGCUCCAAGGAGAACGAAGAGUGGAAUAAGAACAAAAACGAAGGCACUAACAGUGUAACCCGAAGACCCUAUCCGACGGGAAGAAUGGCGACAGACGGGGAACGAGAUGCAUUUCGUUGUUUCGAGUGCACUGGAAGGGGCCACAUGGGGAGGGAAUGUCCCUUGCGCAAUGGAGUAGUGAGACGGAGAGGAGAAACUUGCUCGAAACGCGGCGGGAAGGAUCAUUCCGCUAGGGACGGUGCAACGACACGUCGAGUGAUGGGUGGAAACCAGAGGGUAAUUACGGCAGCGAAGAGGAAACGUACAGUAAGGGAAAUGCAGGGUGUAGAAAGGCCGCAGGCCAAGGAAGAUAGCAGUUUCAAGGAGAACGAAGAGUGGAAUAAGAACAAAAACGAAGGCACUAACCGUGUAACUCGAAGACCCUAUCCGACGGGAAGAAUGGCGACAGACGGGGAACGAGAUGUAAUUCGUUGUUUCGAGUGCACUGGAAGGGGCCACAUGGGGAGGGAAUGUCCCUUGCGCAAUGGAGUAGUGAGAAGGAGAGGAGAAACUUGCUCGAAAUGCGGCGGGAAGGAUCAUUACGCUAGGGACUGUGCAACGGCACGUCGAAUGAUGGGUGGAAACCAGAGGGUAAUUACGGGAAUGAACUCUGAAUCGAAGGAGGGAGUAACUCGAUCAAACGAGAAGGCCUAG